AAAUUUUAAUUUAGAACUUCAAAAAGACUCCAAGAUCUUCAGUAAAAAUGCAGAUAUCGAAUAUGGAGAUGGAAGUACAAAGCCAUUGGACACCAGUUUUCUAUACAGAGGGCAGUUACGGGGUGAGCCCGGGUCAUCUGUGUAUGGCAGUGUGUUAGGUGGAGUAUUCACAGGAACCAUUGAGUCUCCAGAGACUGGAAGGUGGCACAUAGAACAUGCCAACAAGUACUUCCCUAAAGAAGUCACAGAGAAGAAAAAGUUCCAUUCCAUCAUCUACCAUGAGGAUCAUAUGGAUAUGGACCCAUACAGGCAUAUCCGCAGUGCAGCUGGUACUGCUCAGUGUGGAAGUAGCAAUAGUGACAUUGCAGACUGGAUGAGCAGAGUUCAGAAUUCUGCUGUGGAUGUAAAGAAGAGAAGUUACAGGACGGCUACCAGGGAAGAUCAUCAGAGGGAGCACAAUAUCUAUUCUGAGGCUUUGAACAGGGAGAAGCGAGAGGAAGAAAACAGGCAGAAGAGAGCGACUGUCACUGUAAUCACUCCAGCAAAUAAUACCUGCAGUCUGCUUUUACAGUCAGACCCUGCACUGUGGGAUCACAUGAGUCAAAUGCAUAGUGAUGACAUGCGUACAGAAGAAGCCAUUAUAGCCAUGUUUCAUACCCAUGUCACGGCCAUCAAGGACAUAUAUCAGAAGACAAUAUUUGAGACAUAUGAUGGAUCCAAGAAACUGACUGGUUAUAGUUUCCGUGUUCAAAGAGUGAGGGUUUUCAAGCGUAGUGACUGUUCAGAAGCAAACGUGAAAGACUUCUGCAUCGCACAUAUAGAUGUCAGCAACUUCCUGAACCUAAACUCUAAAAUGAACCACAACAAGUACUGCCUGGCGUACAUGUUCACGUAUCGUGAUUUCACUGGAGGCACCCUGGGACUGGCGUGGGUGGGCUCCUCAGGAAGGGCAUCUGGUGGCAUAUGUGAAAGAUGGAAGGAGUACAGUGAGCAGGAUAGCUCAGGCAGUAAGGUCACCAAAGUGUACAAGAGUCUGAACACAGGCAUUGUGACCUUCAUUAACUAUGGGCAGACUGUUCCAUCCAGGGUUUCCUCACUGACGCUGGCCCACGAAAUCGGUCAUAACUUUGGGUCACC